GGACGGCGUCAUCAUUUGUGCGUGGCAAGCGAACGUUAGGUGCGCUAGUUCUGGCACACGAGGAGGCCGCUUCUGCGCAGAGCUGUCACGAUGAAGACCCUUGUGCUACUAUCUGUAAUCUGUGCUGCGGUGGUAGCACAGACGGGCGAUCCAUGCCAGUCCGACUGCCGUGCAUUGAUGAAUGUGGUUGCAUCGGUCGAAGAUCGAUGUCCGACGUCUAGGGUGAACUCACGAUGUACGGACGACGCAGGCACGCUGCAAUGCGACCCGCCAACCGUGCGGUACUCCGCAUGCGAUGUCGACGGGAAAACCUUACUCUACAGGAUAUCGACUAUUGAGCGCGAUACGUGCAUAUGUCUAGACCAGCGCGGGAGAGAGUUUGUGCCACCGGGUGUUAAGAAGCCAUAUAGCAAACGCCAACUGAGACCCAGGGCGUGCAACGCCAAGGACUGUAACUGCCCCGUGGAUGCGGACACCGUGGAAGAACUGACGUGUGAAUAAAAUUGUGUAUACAUUUUAUAUGUAUUACCUUGUGUACACGGGCCCCUCAACUAUCAUAUUGCAGCCUCACGAGCUGACAACGGCCUCUAAAAAUCAAACACAAUUUUUGGUUUCGUAGGAUCAGGGCCGUAGCCUGAGCAAAUUACAAGGCGGUGGAAGGGGGUACACAAUUGUAUGAUCUAACAUAGAAAUGACGACGGAUUAAUUUUGACAGUCGUAAGAAAUAAACAACAUGUAGGGUCUGAUUAGACUGAACGGGGUAUUUUCGUUCGAAUAUUUAUAGCAUUUUGAUUUAGGGUUUUUAAGUAAAUUUUUUAAAUUUUGAUCAAAUUCAGAGAGCCAGUCGCGCUACUGACUCUGUUCCGAACGUUAUGAUCCUGCGAAGAUUCAACCUUCAGCGUUGCAAAACGAACACAUUGUGUGACGCGACCAUUUGCGUAAUUGAUUGGCGCGUAUUACGAUUAUAAAUACUAUAUUUAAACAUGUAUACAUGCGAGUAAAUAAAUGAGCAUAAAACGA